AAGGACCUAGACACAAGGAGGGGACACCAUGGAGAGUCAGAAGGUUCCUCGGAGGGCCAAGAAGCUGGGCUCCAGCCGCAGGCGGCAGACCAGAGGAACCGGAAGCUCCGAGGACCAGCCUGGAGAACGGGGUGAAGAGUCCCUGCCCUCAGAGGUGAUGGAGAAGCUCCGAGAUUUCUUCCAGGCCUGUGAUGCCGACCGAAAAGGCUUUGUCACCCGGGAGGACCUGCAGAAAGCUGAGUUGAACCUGCCAGGAAACACCGAGGAGCUGGCGCUGGUUUUUGAUGGGCUGGACAAGGAGAAGAAAGGCUACCUGACCACUGAGGAAUUCACCUCAGGACUCGGGAACCUCUUCGGCUCCCAAACCAGGACCCACGAGCACCGCAGGAGGAAGACGGGCUCCAAGAGGGCUUCGCUGCCCCACAGGUUACUUCCCCUGGAAGAAGCCGACAACGAGGAGAGGGCCUGGUUUCUGUCUUUCAUGGAGCAGAUGGGCGCCAGCCACGUAUUUCCCGAUCAGGAUGAGAUCUGGCAGCUGUGGAGGAAGCUGCGGCAGGAAGAGCCCCAGUUAGCGGGGAAUUUGGAGGGGUUCCUGGCCAAGAUGACAAGCCGCAUUCGCGCGGCACGAGAAGAGAAGGAGGCUCUGGAGGUCACCCUGAAAAAGCGCGACGCUGACCACCACCGAGAAGUCCAGCAGCUCUAUGAGGAGAUGGAACAGCAGAUCCAGAGUGAGAAAGAGCGACUGCAGACUGUGAGUGACGCCCGGAGCCUGGUCUACGACUCGGAGAUGCAGAAGGCCCUGGAGGCCAAGGAGCAGGAGGUGGAACACUUAGCCGAGGGCCACCGAGCGCUGGAGGCCCAGCUCCACCAGCUGAGCAGCACGAAGCACGCAGCCACCGCCGAGAACCUGCAGCUCCGGGAGGCGCACAGGGACCUGGCAGGGAAGCUGGAUCUCAUCCGAGGGCAGCUUCAAGAGACCACCGGGCACCUGGGAGCGGCGAGGGCCCAGGUGUCAUGGCAGGGGCCGGAGGAAACCAGGCAAGACCAGCUUCCUGCAGAGUUGAUGUUCCAAAUAGAGGGGGAACAGAAAGGGGACGUGGUGCUGACUGCUGACCAGCCAGGAGCCGCCCACGACCCCGCUGCUGUCUCAGAGAGGAGCCCUGGCUCCCGAUCCCGCGUCAUCUCCAUAGAGGAAGAUCCACUACCCGAACUAUUGGGGGAAGACUGGAAUCAGCUGCUGACUCAGUUUUCCACCCCGCCCCAGAGGAAAGUUCUGGACCUGCAGGUGUCCUGGAGCCCUCCUCCCAGCCCGAGGGGUACCCUUCCUCCUUCUCCUCUCCCUCGUGUCGUCCGCCAGAUCUCCAUUUCCGAACAGAGCCCCCGGCAGCAGAGUCAGGAAACUACUUCAGCACAGGAAAGGUUUUCGGGAAACACCUUGGAGCAGGUGGAAAGAGUGGGGAUUCUGAAGGAGCCCAGUCCCGAGGGGGAGCUCAGCUCUGAGUCACAGCCCAGUCUCAAGCCGGAGCCCAACCUUAAAUGGAAGUCCAAGCCCGAGUCAGAGUCUAACCUCGAAUUGGAAGCCAACCUCGAACUGAAACCCAGCUCUGAGUCAGAGCCCAACCUCAAACUGGAGCCCAACCCCGAGACGGAUUCCAAGCUUGAACCGGAGCCCGACCCUGAGCCCAACCUCAAGCCGCAACCCAACAUCGGGCCAGAGCCCAGCUCCAAGUCAGAGCCUAAUCUCCAACUGGAGUUUAACCUCAAACUGGAGCCCAGCUCCAAGAGAGAGCUUCGCUUCAAACUGGAGCCCAACCUCGAAAUGGAGCCCAGCUCCAAGUCAGAGUCUAUCCUCGAACUGGAGUCUCACCUUCAACUGGAGCCCAAACUCGAACUGGAGCCCAGUUCCAAGUCAGAGCCUAAUCUCGAACUGGAGUGUAACCUCAAACUGGAGCCCUGCUCCAAGUCAGAGCUUAACCUCAAACUGGAGCCUAACCUCCAACUGGAUUCCAGCUUCGAACCAGAGCCCAGCUCCAAAUCGGAGCCUAACCUCCAACUGGAACCCAAUCUCGAACUGGAGCCCAGUUCCAAAUCAGAGCCUAACCUCCAACUGAAGCCAAGCUCCCAGUUGGGGCCCAGCCCUGAGAAGACACUUCAGCAGGAAGUCCAGCAAGACCCCAUUGGGGAGAGUGUGCAGGCAGCUGUUGAUAGGCCGGCGAGGCCGGUAGCAGCCCCCAGCAGAGGGAAGGAACUCUUUUCGGAUUUGUUACCCAGCUCCCAGCCAGCAAUGCCAGAGCUGGGGCACCCACCUGUCCUGGCCCCGGGGCAGAGGCAGCAUCCGGUGGGCCAGUCGCCAGAGGCGCCAGACUUGGCGAUGCCCGGGCAUCCCCCUGCGGAGAGCGGAGGACCAGGGGCCAGGCAGCCCUGGGAGAGGGAGACUCUCCCCGAUCCCGAAAUACAGGCCGCUCAGACCUGGGGAGCCCGGCAAGGAGAGGGGGCUGGUUCAGAUGGUUCCCUGCCUGGAUUUCUCCAGGCUCCAGAAGUCUGGGGACGGGGAGCCUCAAAGGAAGGAGCUCCCGGGCCUGAGAGCACAGCGGCCCCCCUCAAGCAAGAGAUGUGGGGCGGAGUCCUGGAUCCCGAGGGCGGUGAUAUCUCCCAUCUGGAUGAGCAGCCGGUGAGCUCUGUGUCGGUCAAGGUGGCUCGGACGCAGGAAGCUGCGCUGGGGGCGCCACCCCCAGCUCCCAAGCAGGACACCCCGGGCGAGGGAACUCUGGAAGAAGAAACUGCAGAUCUGCAGAGGGCUGAGCCUGGGGGGCCUGGCUUCCCCAGAGAAGACUCUCUCCGGAGAGGCUUUCCUCCCCGGGAAGUCCUGCCCGAGGGUGGACCUGAACAGCCAGGUCCAGGAGAAGCCGUUGGCAUUACCCCAGAGCGGCUGUCCGGGCUGGGCCCCGAGCCCCAGGCCAAGAUCUCACAGGCAGAUGGAGAGCGUGGGGUUGCCACUGUGGAUCUCCCUGGCCAGGGCCAGAGACAAGGAGCCUCCGCUGGACCCUCACAGGAAAUGAACCCCGGAUCCACAAAAUCCAGGAAGACUCUGCCUGGACAGGAUCCCCAGGGGCCAGGACUCCUCUCCAAGGAGCUAGGGGUGGACCCUGACUAUGUGUACCACAUUCUGUUCGUAGGAGAUUCAAAUGUGGGCAAGUCAUCGUUCCUGCACCUCUUACACCACCACACCUUUGCCUCCGGUCUGAUGGCCACUGUCGGGUUGGAUUAUCGCAUCAAGAAUCUGCAGGUGGAUAACAAGCAUUUUGCUCUGCAGCUCUGGGACACGGCAGGCCAGGAAAGGUACCACAGCAUGACCAAGCAGCUGUUCCGCAGAGCCGAUGGCAUCGUGCUCAUGUAUGACGUCACCUCCCAGGAGAGUUUCAUCCACGUGCGCUACUGGCUGGAUUGCAUCCGGGAAGGAUCGGGUGAGGGGGCCAUCAUUUUCCUCCUGGGGAACAAGAUGGACUGCACAGAGGAGCGCCAGGUGUCCACGGAGGCCGGGCAGCUUCUGGCAAUGGAACUCGGGCUCUACUUCGAAGAAUGCAGUGCUGCCCUGGGGCACAACAUCCUGGAGCCCGUGAUUAACUUAGCCAGGGCUCUGAAGGCUCAGGAAGACCGACUGAAGGGGGAGCUGGUGACGCUGGCCUCAAGGGAGCCCAAGAAGAAGCGAGGCUGCUGUCCAUGAGCUGCAAGCGGUCGGCGGGACGACUCAGAUCCCCCCAUUCCUAGCCCUUCCAGGCCCCGGCUCCCCAUCCUUGAAAUACUCUGCCUCCCAGGAUCCAGAUGGGAAUCUCUGAGACCCCUCCAGCCUGAAAAGCCAACAACGUCCCCACUCUCUCUCCUCCCACCUCUCCCCCAUGGGAGUCCAGUAAUAAUAAUAGUAAUUGUG